CAUAAAAUGGCUGCUGCACUUGUAGAUAACCUCAUCUUGCAUUAUCACGAUGUAGUGAUUCGACAGUCUGAUUUAAAUACACUAGCGCCUGGAGAAUGGUUAAACGAUACGAUGCUUGAAUUCCACAUGGAGUUUUUGGAACGCACGUUUGUACCCAAGGAUGCUCACUAUCUGUUUCUGCGACCAGGCAUCGUACAACUCAUCACCUUUGCAGAAGGGGAUGUCAUGAACUUGGUGCCGGCACUGCCCAAGGACAUGGAUGGAUAUGAGGCGAUCUUUAUUCCGGUAAAUGACGGAGAUCCAGCGCAAGCCAAUAGUGGUACUCAUUGGUCAUUGCUGGUGUAUGUGCGUGCUGUCAAUUCAUUUUACUAUUAUGACACGCUAAGGUUUAAUAACCUACGAAAUGCAGAAAUCACGUGCAAGCGUAUGCAACCGUUGCUACGUUUAGACAAGUCGUCGCAAUUUAUACCCGCCACCACUCCACAGCAAGACAACGGAUCUGACUGCGGUGUGUCUGUGAUUGCCAUCAUUGACUAUAUACUGCAUCAGCUACUAAAGAGCCGAGAAAAAAGUGUGGUUCAAUAUAGCAAGAUUAUGAUUCUGGAUAAGAAGAGCUUGAGUACGCCCAAGCAAGUACGAGACAAUGUGAAUGGAAUGAUCAAACGACUUCAGUUGCGAUUUCCAUCAAACAAAGUCAUAUAGAAACUCCUAC